AUCAUUUUAUUACAGCCUGGAAAACAUGAAUUUCCAUUUCGCUUUCAACUUCCAUCUGAGUAAGUGAAACUGUAUAAUUUUAUGGUUAUCUUUCUCUGCAAUAUGUCCAUCUGAAUGUAUCACUGCUAGGUAUCUUCUGAUUCUCAAGUAUGCAUGUUUAUACUGAAUAGCCCCUAAAUAGACUUACUCAUUUUUUAUUUCCAACCUAAAACAUUUUAAACCAUGCUUUUUUUGGCUAUGUUUAACUGAAAGUAAACUCAUAAUUAAUGUCUUUGGUUGGUUUCAGACCUUUGGUCACCUCGUUUACUGGGAAAUAUGGAAGCAUUCAGUACUGUGUCCGGGCAGUGUUGGAACGACCCAAGGUACCUGAUCAGAGUGUAAAGAGGGAACUGCAGGUUGUUAGUCAUGUCGAUGUCAACACACCAGCAUUACUAACCCCUGUAUUGAAAACUCAAGAGAAAAUGGUUGGCUGUUGGUUUUUCACUUCUGGUCCAGUCUCGCUGAGUGCCAAAAUUGAAAGAAAGGGAUACUGUAAUGGAGAAGCUAUUCCAAUCUAUGCAGAAAUAGAGAAUUGUUCCUCUCGUCUGAUUGUUCCAAAGGCUGCUAUUUUCCAAACCCAGACGUAUUUGGCUAGUGGAAAAACAAAGACCAUUCGACACAUGGUUGCCAAUGUGCGAGGAAACCACAUCGCUUCCGGGAGCACAGACACAUGGAAUGGGAAAACGCUCAAAAUUCCACCUGUCACUCCAUCCAUCCUGGAUUGCUGCAUUAUCAGAGUGGACUAUUCCUUAGCUGUGUACAUUCACAUUCCUGGUGCUAAAAAAUUGAUGCUUGAACUGCCAUUAGUGAUUGGUACAAUUCCAUAUAAUGGUUUUGGCAGCAGAAACUCCAGCAUUGCCAGCCAGUUCAGUAUGGAUAUGAGCUGGUUGACACUGACCCUGCCAGAACAGCCUGAAGCACCACCAAAUUAUGCAGAUGUGGUAUCAGAGGAAGAAUUCUCUAGACACAUUCCUUCUUACCCUCAGCCCCCUAACUGUGAGGGAGAAGUGUGCUGUCCUAUGUUUGCCUGUAUACAGGAAUUCCGGUUUCAACCCCCACCUCUUUAUGCAGAGGUUGAUCCACAUCCUAGCGAUGUAGAAGAGACCCAGCCUGUUUCCUUCAUUCUCUGAACAUAUUUCAGAAAUCACUGUGUUCAUCAUCAAAUUAGAACGUUGGUUCUUUUCCUUCUGCCUUUUUGGGAAAGAGACAAGAAAGAUUCACUUGAAAACAUAAAUGAAUAUCAAGACUGAAGGCAACAGGAAUUAAAGAAUGUGAGAAAUUUCUAGUGGGCCGACAGGAUUGCUGCACAAGUUUAUAUGGUGGUCAUAUAUAUAUCCCUGUUAAAAACUGGGAUGAAGAUGUGCAAAGUCACAGAAUGUAAUGGAAGUCCUGAUGGUUAUAGAGUAAGUGAAAGGGUGCCUGCGCUGACCUGAGAGAAAGGAAUCUGUCAACAGUGGAAACACUGUGGGAGUUUCCCAUGGCGUUUUAAAGAGUGGAAUGAAGGCGAUAUGAACUGAAGCGGGGAAGACUUGAUUUUGGAGAGGGUAACGAAACAAGGGUGUGCAUGAAUAGGAAAAUGGCCCACUCCAAAUACAACGUGAGACCCUGAGGUUUUGGGUGCUUCAUGAUUUCCUAUCAUAUUCAGGCCUAGAGGCAUUGAAAGUAUCUUUUCUUGAGAUCAUGGUCAUAUGAGGUCCUAAUGAAGUACUACAGUUUUCAUUCUUUCAAGGGUAGACUAAAACGUAGUUUAUAAAUUGGCAGUACAGUAUUAUGAAACCAAGAAAGGGUUUCUUGAAAAGCUUGUCGGUUCAAAGGGGAAAGAUGAAUUUCGUGUGAAAACACAUUUUGUUGAAGGCUGUACUUUUUACCCCCUUUAAGUGCUUUAACAGGAUAUAUGUUUGAUUUUCCUCAUAUCUUAUUCACCUAGGAGCAUGUCAGAGAAAGAAGUGAGAGAAAAGGUUGCAUCUGCAGGAUGCCUUGAUAACUACACAGUCCAAAAUAAAAGGCCUUUUUCUAACCUACCUCUAAUGGGGUUAUCAGAUAUGUUUUUAAAUCUCUCGCCUUGAGUACUCUUCUUUGGAGUUACUGCUGUUUACAGCAACUAUCACUAAAUAUGAAACUGGGCCAAGGGGAAAAUUCAGUAAGUUAGCAUUAAAUGGAAGUAAAUAUAUGUAUACCUAAGAGAAUGUCAAAAUAAACACCAAACCAAAAGAAGGUAGGAGUGCCAUUUUUUAAAAAAGACACAACUUUAAUUCCUGUCAAGAGACCUAGGUCUACUGAUGGCAGUCACUGCAUUGUACAUUAUUCCAGUUCUUCAGUAAUUCUGUUUAAACUGUGAUUUUUUCUUUAUUGUGUUGGUGCAAUAUUUUAUUAUCCUUUAACCUCAGGAUAUUCAGACCAACAGGAUUGUGUUUCUGCUAAAAGUCUGAGCAGUGUUUUACUGUCCCCAGCUCCCCUCCUACAUGGUCACAUGUUCACUUGCUUUUCCCUCCAUCUGUUGGCUUUGUGAGCUGAGAGCAUCUCUGGACACAUGGAAGGGAGCCAGGGAUUCCUGUGAUAGAGAUUUUGAACUAGCAGAGUACUUUGGUUUUCUUCAUGUCCUAAGGGUUUGAUCUAGAAACCCUGGUGCUUCCCCUGCAGAAUAUUGUACUUCAUUUAACAGAAUGAUUGAUUUUUCUUUCAAUCAAUGUUCACCAAAAAUAGAAAAGUUCUUCUAAGGUUAAAUUUUGUAUUUAAAAGUUAGUUGGCCAUUUGAUCAGGGAAUUUUCUACACACAUUAGGCAAAUGUAUGCUUUUCACCCUCUGGGCUUACCUCUCUUCUCUGCAAUCAUGGAAGCAUCCUGCAUAGUUCUUUCAUUGUAAGCCACUAUACCACAAUGCAAAACUGUUAGACCAGUAAUUGUGCUACUGAAAUUGUCACAAAACGUUAUUCCUUGAUUUGGUUUUUGAAUUUUGCUCUUUUGUGUGUGUAUCUUUAAACAGGUAAUGUGUAUUUAAGUGUUGUCUACACAGUUGAUUUUUACUUUACAAAAGAUCAUCUUCAACUGUUCAUUGACUUCUAAGUUGUAGUUCAUGCCUUGUCAAAGCAUUGUUCGACUCCAUGAUACUAAAACGUAAUGAAAGAAACAAACUCCAGUAUGGAGAGAGAGAAAGUUUAAUUAUUUGGCUCCAUCUAGAAAAGCAACUACUUAAAGGAAUCCUUCACUGGGAUUAUUUUGUCACCUUUUUAGAUAAAUCUUGAAGUGACCCUGUGAAAUUGAAGUGAAACUGUCUCUGUAGGACUUAAGAGAAUAGCUAAAAGGUGUGACUUGCCUUAUCGAACUGAUACUGGCAUAUCUGACCGUAAGCAGUAGGUUGAAGAUAUCAUUUUAUGAAUGUGGAGAAUUCUACAUUGAAACAGAAAAUACCUGGGAAUGAAGAUUAAAAAUUUAGCUGCUGUUAUUUGCUUGUUUAUUCCCCUCUUGCCCUUCUUUAGUUUGAAAAAACAAAAACGUGGCCUUGGAAUUUUCAUUUUGAUGCAGAAAUUUUGAAAUUGAAAAUGUGCAUGUUUUGGUGCACAAAAUCCUUCUGUGGGCAAAACUCUUUGUUUUUGUUUUGCACAAUAAGAAACAAUAGGCAAGGGUUAUGUUUUUGGUAAGUUAACUAUGAAAACUUUCUUAUUUUUAUUAUUAAAAGUGUAACAAUUUAACCCACAGGAAAAAAAAAUACUUUGUAUACUUGUUUGAAUCCCAUGGGUUCGUUUUAUUAAUAAAAUUAUUACACUAAUGCUA